GUGGCAAUGCAGAGUGGUGGUCACGUUCCCAGGGAGCGAACCCCACACGGCGAUAGGGCCUCCACUCAGCGAUAGCAUAACCUGAGUAUCGGCCUUCUGAUAACGAAACGAGUAGUGGAGAGUGGUUCGCUGGGGAGCUGAGGGCCAGUGCCAGCCAGUAAGCCCACAGCUGGGAGAGGCUUGCUACCACCACCAUGGAGCGCUCGCCGCUGGAGAGGAUGGAGAGUGUGUUGGAGGGGAGGGAGAAGACUGGAGUGCCUGAUGCUAUCCUGCUGGAGGACUAUCUCAGCGAGGACGCCUUCAUUGACAACCUGAAGAAGCGCUACUAUGAGAACCUUAUCUACACGUACAUCGGGCAGGUGGUGGUGUCCGUGAACCCGUACAAGGACUUGGGCAUCUACACGGAGAGCUACCUGGAGAAGUAUCGCAAUGUCAACUUCUACGAGGUGCCGCCCCACGUGUUCGCCAUCACUGAAAAUGCCUACAAAUCCAUGAUCUCAGAAGUCACUGACCACUGCAUCCUGAUCUCAGGUGAAUCAGGUGCUGGGAAGACAGAGGCCAGCAAGCAAGUGUUGAGGUUCCUGGCGGCCACCUCACUUCACCGCAGAGAGGUGGACCGUGUGAGGGACAGACUCCUGCAGAGCAACCCACUGCUGGAGGCCUUCGGAAAUGCCAAGACCAACAGGAAUGACAACUCCUCCCGUUUUGGAAAAUACAUGGAUAUUGAGUUCAAUUUCAAGGGUGAUCCAGUCGGUGGCCACAUCCUGAACUACUUGCUGGAGAAGUCUCGUGUGGUGCACCAAGAGGUUGGCGAGAGGAACUUCCAUAUCUUCUAUCAGCUCUUGGGAGGAGGAUCAGCAGACCUCCUUGAAAAGUUGCACCUUGAGAGGAAUCCAAAUCACUAUUUCUAUCUCAAACAGGGUAAAAGCUGUCAUGUGGACUCUAUCAAUGAGUCUGGAGACUUUGAGGCUGUGCAGCAUGCCUUGGAUAUCCUGAACUUUGGUGAUGAUGAGAAGGCUGCUAUCUGGGGAAUAAUUGGCGCCAUCCUGCAUCUGGGAAACGUUACCUUCACAGCCAGUGAUGAUGGACUGGCCAGGGUGGUGGACGAGACGCCUGUUGACUACUGCAGCAAGUUACUAGGGUGUGAGAGUAAGGAGUUGCUGAUGGCUCUCACUCACCGCACCAUUGAGGCACGUGGGGAUGUCGUCACCUCUCCUCUUAACCCAGAGCAGGCGGUGUAUGCCCGUGAUGCGCUGGCCAAGUCCGUGUAUGAGCGAGUGUUUGACUGGCUGGUGAGGAGACUCAACCUCACCCUGCACAACAAAGAGGCGGGGAGGAAGACUCUAUUGGGAAUUCUGGAUAUUUAUGGCUUUGAAAUAUUUGACAGGAAUGGGUUUGAACAGUUCUGCAUCAAUUACUGUAAUGAGAAGCUGCAGCAAUUGUUCAUUGAGCUGACACUGAGGAGUGAGCAGGACGAGUACCGGCGUGAAGGGAUUGAGUGGGAACAAGUGGACUACUUUGAUAACAAGAUCAUCUGUGACUUGGUGGAGGAGAAACACAAAGGCAUCAUCUCCCUGCUGGACGAGGAGUGCCUCCGCCCUGGCGAUGCAACAGAUGCCACCUUCCUAACAAAGAUGAAUUCCCAUUUGGCAAAGCACAAACAUUACUUCAGUUAUGACACAUCUGAUAAUGCCAAGGUGAAGAAGACGAUCAAUAAGGAUGAGUUUCGGCUACGGCAUUACGCUGGAGAGGUGGCAUACAGCGUGCAGGGUUUUCUGGACAAAAACAAUGAUCUUCUCUUCAGAGACCUAAAGGAGGUUAUGACCCACACUUCAAAUUUGAUCAUCACUGACGUCUUUCCUAAGGAGGAAUUGGGAAGAAAGAAGAGACCUGACACUGCUGCCACACAGUUCAAGAACAGUUUGGGAGAACUGAUGACCAUUCUCAUGUCCAAGGAACCUUCAUACAUCCGAUGUAUCAAACCCAAUGAUGAGAAGCGCUCCUACAGCUUCAAUGAGGAGAGGGUGAGCCACCAAGUCAAAUAUCUUGGACUGAUGGAAAACCUGCGAGUGAGAAGAGCAGGUUUUGCUUACCGUAGAGCUUAUGAGAUAUUCCUGGAGAGGUACAAGUCGCUGUGUCCGUCAACUUGGCCAAGCUACAAGGGGCAACCCAAGGACGGAGUGCUGAAUAUUGUGAAGCACCUCAAUUACCAUCCAGACGAUUACCGCAUGGGAAGGAGCAAGUUGUUCAUUCGGUUGCCCAGGACACUGUUCAAGACAGAAGAUGCCCUUCAGGUUCGAAAAGGUGAACUGGCUACAAUGAUUCAGGCCAAAUGGAAAGCCUUUGUGUAUCAGAGGAGGUACCAGAAGAUGCAGGCGGCUGUCACAGUCCUGGCCAAGCACUGGAGGCGUGUUGCUGCUGCAAGGCUACUUGCCAGAAGAAAAUGGGCUGCAGGAGUUAUUCGAGGAUUUGUGAAAGGCUUCAUCACUCGCAAUGAGGCAGUGAACCCCACCAAUGCAAGAUUCCAACAGUUGGUCAAGUGCGAGUAUCUGGUGAGGCUGUCAAAGUCCCUGCCACAAAAUGUUCUGGAUCGCCGGUGGCCUCAACCGCCUGGCUCUUGCACUGAGGCUUCUGUGGUGCUGAAGGACCUCCACCGCACAUACCUGGCCAGGAAGUAUGUGAGGGCACUGCCAUCAGAAAGACGUGUCAUGUUUGAGGAGAAGGUGCUGGCUGAGCAACUCUUCAAAGGAAAGAAAGCAAGCUACCCUCUUGUCUUACCCAAGUGGUUCAUGGCAUCCCGUCUUGAUCCUGCAUUGGACUCCUUGAUGAAGACUGGAUUUGAAGGAAUAAUCAAGACAUCUGGAGAAAAAACAAAGUACAGUGUUCCAUGCACUAAGUAUGACCGUCAUGGGUACAAACCCAGAGACCGAGUGCUGGUCAUCACCACGGGUGCCCUGUACCUGCUGGAGGCCAAGGAAAACAAGCUCAAGCAAAAGCACAGGUUCUCUUUGAAGGAGAUUCAAGGUCUUCAUGUGUCACCCAACAGUGAUAACCUUAUGCUGAUACAGAUCCCUCCUGAAAAUGCUAAAAAGGAAAAGGGUGACCUGAUCAUCAACGUGCCAAAUGUGAUAGAGGCUGUGACCAAAAUCAUAUCAGUGAGUGACAACACUGAAAUUCUCAAGAUUGCAGCAACAGAUAGCAUUGGCCACACAAUGAAGAAUGGAAAGCAGGGAACAAUUGUGCUCAACAGUGGAGCAUCUGUCACCACUAUAAACAAGAACAAGGAAGGCAAACUUCUUGUGAUGGCUGAGCAGUGAAGACGCUCUGAUGGGUGAGAAGAGAAUGGCACAAGAUGACUUAACUUACCAAUAAUGAAACUCACCAGACGACCCUUCCUGAUAAGUUUAGGCAAUAAAGAUGACAGAAGACGCAGUGUGCAAACAUUGCAAGGCAGUCUGAUUGUGUUACUCGAGCCAUUCCAUCAUCAUAUAACAUGUAACAAAUUAUUAUUCAUGCAAGCUCGUGAACUAAAUAUAUUUUGGUUUGUGAACUCAAAUGGAUAACAUUAUUACUAAAUGUACUAAUAUGUUUGGUGACAAACUUUGUUGAGAGUGUUUUUUUUUUUCUUUUAAGUUCAAAGAAACCUUCCAGUACUUUCUAGUGUUUUUACAGCAUAUCCUAAGAAUUUUCUGUAUAGUUUUGUUAAAACAAUGAUUUGCUUUGAAUAUAUUUUGAUGCCAAGAAACAAACUUUAGAUUUUGAGUCAUCUCACAAUAUGGUGCUAGCUUACACAUUAUACAGGCUGACAAUGUAUUUUUAUAAAUGAGAAGGUGCAUUUUGUGACUGUCCAUGAUUGAAAUAUUUGACUCUUCUUUUUAUACAGUUUUAUGAAGUUUAAUGUGCCAUGUGAUAAUCCCCCCAGGUUUUGAUAGUAGUGUUUUGAUCACAGCCAUAUUGAAACAUGAUUCAGUGUAGCAUGUGAGUUUAUCCUAAGCAUUUAAGGAUGUUAUAUACUGUUUGUUAUUGUUAGGACCAAGUGUAUUGUAACUGAAGUGUUACUGCAGUGGUUCUCAACCUUUGGGGCAUGCCCCGCUAGGGGUGCAUCAGUAAUUUCCAAGGGGAAUGCAAGCUCUUGGGAUAAAGCAGGAAUUUCUCCAAAUACAUUCAUCGUUCUCUAAGUGAAAGCAAGGCCAAGUAAUGAGAGGUUUAUGAAAAAUGCAAAAAUAUCACAUUUUUCUUUAAAACUUGGGAGGGAAUUGUAUUUGUAGGUGCAAGGAUGGUGUGGAGGGAAGGACAAAUCCCUAGAGGGGCGUGGUAGUAAAAAGGUUAAGAACCACUGUCUUGGAUAAUUAUACUGUAUGUGAGCUAUGCCUCUCUCUCAUAAUAUGUACUUAUUAUUUAUCUAUUUUAUGUGCUAGUCAUAAAAGCUGUACAGUUCAUAAGUUGUGAUAUAGUGUAUAUAAUGCUCUUCCCUGUCACUGUUUGCAAAGAAUAUUUUGACACCUUUACUAUGGAAGACUUGUAGUUCAUGAUGUCAAAGGCAUUAACACAGUUCAUUCUAGGUGAUAUAUAUUUUGAAAAGGUGUGUGAUAAAUGGGGCAUCCUUCAUAGUCUUAUCCUGAGAUUUUCAUCUUCAUGAAACUGUUUUUCCUUAAAGAAAAAAAAUCAUAAUCAUAUUUGAGUUUUGUGUUUAAAAGUUGAAUAGAAAUACUACUUUGUAAGUAAAGCCACAGUGCCUGAGUCCUGCAGUGUUGACGCAAUAACUAUAUUUAUGUUUAGAUAGGAGUGAUGUGGACCAUACAUAGACUGUUAUGUAAGUGAAUCAUGUCAAUGUUAUGUAACAAAACUGCUUUCUGUAUUACAGUAUUUCAGUCAGCUUUAUAUUAUGUCCAAGUAAAUUUCGUACAAGA